UAGUGACCCCUUGUUCCUCGCUGGUGAGUGUGGCGCCCGUGGGGCUCUAAGCCGCAGCCGUUCCCUUCCCUGCGCGGAAAGGUAGGUCCUGAAAGUCUGGGCUGUUGGCUGGGCCUGAGGCUGGGAACUGUACGGGUGCCGGGGAGAGGAGGCGGCGGCGGGACGCGCUGUCGCGGUUCAGGCCGUGCCCUCCCGGAUGUCAUAUUUGGGAUGUGAGCGCGCAUCUCCGAUGGACGUGGGCGAAGCUCAGCCGCGAUGCCCAGUGGUGGCGGAUGCCGGAAUCCAGCCACGUCCCGAGGCUCCUGUGGGAGCAGUCUUGAUUGAUCUCAAAAUGACACAGUGAGAAGCCUUACAACCCACAGAGGUUCACUGUCCCUGCCCUACUUGAAGAGCCUAGCCUCCGCUGCCAGCUUUCAUCCAGACUCUGUGACUUUGUAACCGUGUCACCUUAGAUAAGAGACUGACUUCACUGUGCUUCAGUUUUCUCAUCUGUAAAAUGAAGAUAAUAAAUCGUACUCCAUUGGAUUGUGAGGCUAGAAUGAAAUAAGACAGUUCUGUGCCUGGAACCGUCUCUGAUGUGUACAGUCCUAAGUGCCCAGUGAGUAUGAACUUUGCUUAGGAAGGUCAGAGGCGAGAGUGGGUCAGCUCAGGCCUGGUGUCGGCAGUGUUAUAGGGGCAGGCUGUGUUCUCAGCGAGCUGCCCGCAGCCUUUUCUUCUGUGACAGGUCCAUUCCUGAUGCCUUUAAGGAAGACGAAAGCCUCCCCUGCCAGGGCGUGAGUUUCCAGUGACUCUCCCGAACCUUUCUGCUCUUGUGCUGCCCAGAGAGGAAGCCUGGUGGGUGAGGGGAGGGCUCCUGACAGCCCGGACUCACGUGGGGACUGCUCGCCUUCAGUGUGCUGAACCACAGGCACACAUGGCAUUCAGAGAUGUGGCUGUGGAUUUCACCCAGGAUGAGUGGGUGCUGCUGAGCCCUGCUCAGAGGUCCCUGUACCGGGAGGUGAUGCUGGAGAACUACAGCAACCUGGUCUCACUGGGCAUUCCGUUUUCUAAACCAAAACUCAUCACCCAGCUGGAGCAAGGGAAGGAGACCUGGAAAGAAGAGAGACAAUGCUCGCCGGUCAGCUGCGUGGAACCGAAGCCAGAACUCCACCUCUGUCCUUUCUGCCCUCCGGAUCUCUGCAGUCAGAAAUUCCACAUGCAGCAGGUGCUGUGUAGUCCCCCACCCUGGCUCUUCACGUGCCUGUAUGCCGAAGAUCCCGUCCAGGCAGGAGACCUGUGCCUGGAGGACCAGCAGCAGCAGGCCGCUGGUGGUAGUGCCUGGAUCGAGGAAGUGGAAGGGCAGGAGAGAGAAGGUGCCCCGCCUUUGUUUGGAAAGACAGAGAAAAGUAGUAUAGGAGCAUUCCCCAGGCCACCCCAGAGGCAGCCAGCCAUCUCCGGGGGUGGGGUCCCAGGUAUGGAGAUAGAGGCCGGCCCGGCACAGAUGGGGACCCCUGAGGAAACAGACACGCUGUUGAAGAGGAUCGAAGUCCUGGGGUUUGGAACUGUCAACUGUGGAGAGUGUGGACUGGGCUUCAGCAAGAUGACGAACCUGCUCAGUCACCAGAGAAUCCACUCUGGGGAGAAGCCCUACGUGUGCGGGGUGUGUGGGAAGGGGUUCAGUCUAAAGAAGAGCCUGGCCAGACACCAGAAGGCGCACUCAGGGGAGAAGCCUCUCGUGUGCGGGGAGUGUGGGCGGGGCUUUAACCGGAAGUCGACGCUCAUCAUACACGAGAGGACACACUCGGGCGAGAAGCCGUACAUGUGCGGUGAAUGUGGGCGAGGCUUCAGCCAGAAGUCGAACCUCAUCAUCCACCAGAGGACACACUCUGGGGAGAAGCCCUACGUGUGCCAGGAGUGCGGGAAAGGCUUCAGCCAGAAGUCAGCCGUCGUCAGGCACCGGAGGACACACCUGGAGGAGAAGACCAUCGUGUGUGGCGACUGCGGGCUGGGCUUCAGCGACAGGUCGAACCUCAUCUCGCACCAGAGGACACACUCAGGGGAGAAGCCGUAUGCCUGCAAGGAGUGUGGGCGCUGCUUCCGGCAGAGGUCCACGCUCGUCAACCACCAGAGGACGCACUCGAAGGAGAAGCCUUACGUGUGUGGAGUGUGCGGACACAGAUUCAGCCAGAAUUCAACCCUCAUCUCGCACAGGCGCACACACACCGGGGAGAAGCCUUACGUGUGUGGGGUGUGUGGGCGGGGCUUCAGUCUCAAGUCCCACCUCAACAGGCACCAGAACACGCACUCCGGGCACAAGCCCAUCGUGUGCAAGGACUGCGGGCGCAUCUUCAGCCAGCAGUCCAACCUCAUCCGACACCAGAGGACGCACUCGGGGGAGAAGCCCCUGGUGUGUGCGGAGUGCGGGCGAGGCUUCAGCCAGAAGUCGAACCUCGUGGCACACCAGAGGACGCAUUCCGGGGAGAAGCCAUACGUGUGCAGAGAGUGUGGGCGGGGCUUCCGCCACCAGUCGGGCCUCAUCCGGCACCGCCGCACACACACAAGGGAGCAGCCCUACAACUGCCGGCGGUGCGGGCGGGGCUUCGGCAACAAGUCCGCGCUGCUCAUGCACAAGUGGUCACACUUGGAAGAGAACUCCUGUCUGUGCACAGAGUGCGGCCAAGGCUUUCCCCACAAGUCACACCUCAUCCUCCACCAGAUGACACACCAGGGGAGGACGCCGCACGUGUGUAGUGCGUGCGGGCAAGGCUUCAGCCAGAAGUGCCACCUCAGCAGACACAGGAGGAAUGUGUGCCCACCACAGACCACCAUUUCAGUCUGACCCCGAGGCCCCGCCAGAGCAUCCUCCCGACCCCCUCACCCGCUCCAAGAGCGCAGACUAAAUCAAAACAUAUUACACUCUUCUUGAAACACAUUCCCUAAGCGGUCAAAAAGACAUUUGAACUCAGUUUACUUCCUCUACCCCAGUCGUCAUGUUUGGGGCCUUUUGUUCUAAUAAAACUCUGCUUCUUUACAAA